AUGCGGCCACCAUUCCGUCAAGCAGUUCAUCGCGGCGCGCCAGCUGGUGUUCGAGGGCCAGCUUCAGCGCAAGAAGGAGGGGACGAGGAGGCCUUCGUCGCCGAAGAGGAGAAGAUAGCGAAAUACCACGAGGCUCGUUCACUGCCGGUAAAGGUGAAGACCAAGGGAAGGUUUUCGCCCGCCGAGAUUGCAAGAAAGCAGGCCCUCGAGAGAGAAGCGAGCGCGCAGUUCUUGAAGCGGGAAUCGUCUGGCGAUGGUCUUCCGCAGGUGCUGGAAGACGGCGAGGCUGAAGGCGAAGGAGAGGCCCCAGAGGCCCCCGCGCCGGAGGCGGCGGCGGAGGCCGGUGGCGAGGCCGCGGAGCCGAAGAAGGGCAGGAAGACCGUGGUCUCCCAGGCGCAGGCGGUCGACACCGCCGCCAGGGACAACGAGAAGAGUAUUCUAGACGAGGUGGACCUGAAGAUGCGGGCGGACCUCGAGAAGAGAAGAUCGCCCUUCUGCAAAAGCAGCGCGAGGUCAGGAUCGAGGAGAUUCCCACAUGCGGCUGGCACGGGAGGAGCGCGAGAACCAGCACAUGAAGGACGAAUACCGUGCCCAGAUCAGGGAGAAGGAGUUGCAGCGGGACGCGACCAGGGAAGCGGAGCAGCGGGUUAUCCUCACCCAGCGCGACCAGGACGAAUGAGCGCGAGGCCCGCGAGCGCCAGCGCCAGGAGAGACAAGGAGCGACUUCAGCGUCUGCGCGAGAACAACGUUGCCGCUGUGGAAAGACGCAGGAUGGAGCGGCUGGAGGCCGGCAGCUGA